AUGGCUUUUAGGAUUUGGAAAAAUCAAUCAAUAAUUUCCACCCCAUGAAAUAAGUGAGCAGAGCAGUUUGACUUGUUUAUUAAGAGAAAAGCAUUUCCGAAAUGCGAAUGCUUUGAUGGCUUCGAUGGUCCGAUUCAACCCGCUCCUUUUCCAAACCACCGGAGCGACCAGGAAACCCAUUCGGGUGGGUCGCCUUAACGGUUCAUAUACCACUCUUACCGAAGCACCCGUCGUUGUGGUCACCGGAGCCUCCCGAGGCAUUGGCCGUGCAAUUGCGCUCUCCUUCGGUAAAGCCGCUUGCAAGGUGCUGGUGAACUAUGCAAGGUCAAUCAAGGAAGCUGAGGAGGUUUCUAACCAGAUUGAGGCAUUUGGUGGACAAGCUAUUACUUUUAGGGGAGAUGUUUCCAAUGAGGCUGAUGUGGACUCUAUGAUUCAAACUGCAGUUGAUACUUGGGGAACUGUUGAUGUGUUGGUAAAUAAUGCAGGAAUUACUAGGGAUGCUUUGUUAAUGAGAAUGACAAGAUCACAAUGGCAGGAGGUUAUUGAUCUUAAUCUCACUGGUGUUUUUCUUUGCACACAGGCAGCAGGAAAGAUUAUGAUGAUGAAGAAGAAGGGAAGGAUAGUUAAUAUUGUAUCAAUUAUUGGUCUUGUUGGCAAUGUUGGACAAGCCAAUUAUAGUGCUGCAAAAGCAGGAGUAAUUGGCCUGACAAAAACUGUUGCAAAGGAAUAUGCUAGCAGAAGCAUCACUGUUAAUGCAGUUGCCCCAGGGUUUAUUGCAUCUGACAUGACUGCCAAGCUAGGACCAGAAUUUGAGAGAAAGGUUUCAGAGAGAAUCCCCUUGGGAAGAUAUGGCCAACCAGAAGAAGUUGCUGGACUGGUGGAAUUCUUGGCUCUUAAUCCUGCUGCUAGUUACAUCACUGGACAGGUGUUCAACAUCGAUGGAGGUUUAGUGAUGUAAGUCAGCAAUCUGUUUCCUUAGCAACUUGAGCUGCUUCUGUGAUUCAGUGUUCAUCCCAAUGUACACAGAAUUUCAACUUUUGUCAUAUGGUGAUAAUUCUGUGCUGAUUUCUGCUAAAGCUAGUUAUACCCAUUGAUUUAUGGUAGAAUUUUAGUUGAGCUUUGGAGGAUGAGUUCGGCAUCUUCUUGUAUUUUGGUGACUCUUAUGGUCACAUUCACACAGAAUAGGUAUACAUUUUACAUAAACUUUGGACAUUACCUUUCCUUAAGAGUGAGAUGAUUGCAGCCAUUUCUGAAUUAUUUGAGGCAAUUGAUUUUCUUUCUUUUCUCCCUCCGGGUAAGGGGGUUUCUUUUCUUAGGUGCUUGUAGAAUUUGUCAAACCAUGAAGGGUCUACAUAUAUGUAAUGCUCUUAUCAUUAAUGCAAAUUAUGCAAUCUUGG